AUGGAUAGUAUCAACAUUAUGAGUUGGAAUGUUAGAGGGAUGAAUAAGGUGAAUAAACAGAAGUCUAUUUUGGAUGUGUGUAGGCUGAAUAAAGUUGGGAUUGGGGCUCUUCUUGAAACUAAAAUCAGGGGAGACAAGCUGAAAGAAGUUAUGAUCACCAUGUUUAAUGGUUGGGAGUUCUACAGUAGUAAGGUUGUGGAAGGUAGAAUCUUGGAGAGCGAUCAACUUCUCCACUAUCAAGUUAGAUUGUAUAAUCAGAAUUAUUUCUGUAUUACUUUUGUUUAUGGUUCUAAUAAUUUGGAAAUGAGGCGCUGCUUAUGGAUGGAUUUGGAGCACUUGUCUUGGCCUAGUAAAGCUUGGAUGGUUCUUGGGGAUUUCAAUGCAGUUUUUAAUCCCAACGAUAGAAUGGGUGGUCGUCCUAUUACAGUGAAAGAGAUGGAGGAUGCUAGAAAAUGGUUAGAUUUGGGUUUAGUGGAAGAAAUGAAGACCAUGGGUCCAUUCUUCACUUGGUCUAAUAACCAAGAAGGUGAGGAUUGUAUUUUUUCUAAGUUGGAUAGGGUGUUUGUUAAUGAAUCUUGGCUGGAUGUUCAUCCUUUAGCUUCGGUUGGAACUCAGUGGGAAAUUGGCUCCGAUCACUCUAUGAUCUUGAUUAAGCAGUUGCCAGCUAUAAGGGUGGGGGUGAAACCUUUUCAUUUUUAUAAUAUGUGGGCUGGUCAUCCUCAAUUUAGAGAGGUUGUUCUUACUAGCUGGAACCGACCUUUGAGGUUUCCUGGCAGGGGUUUAGAUCAUAUUAGUUGGAAGUUAAAUCGUCUCAAGCAUACUCUGAAGAGAUUUAACUGGAAGAUUAUGGGGGACAUUUCGUGUAAUUAUGAGAGAAGCAAGUUUGAGUAUCAACAAGCUCAUUCUAAAUGUCUUGCUGAUCCGUCCAAUAGAAUGCUUUCCAUUGAAGACCGGGAGACUUAUCUUGAGUUUAAGAGGCAAGAAAAGGUUUAUGCUAGCUUUAUGUAUCAAAAGAGUAAAAUAGAUUGGUUAAGGUUUGGGGAUUCCAACUCCUCUUUCUUUCAUGCCAGCAUAAAGAGAAGAAAGCUAGCUAAUAGAAUUGUUUCUUUUGUUUCUAAUGAUGGUAAAAUUGUUGAUGAUUAUGAUAAAGUUACAGACCACUUUUUGGUUCACUUCAAAAACUUUCUGGGUACAGCUAAUAAAGCUUCAGGGGAGAUUGAUGAUCAAGCUAUCUGGUUUGGAGCUGUUUUGAGCAGGGAGGACCAGCUGGUUUUAAUUAAACCUUUUACUGUCAAAGAGGUCCGGAUGGAAAUUGCAGGGGCUAUUCUAGAUUUUUUCGAAUCAGAUAUUAUUCCUCACUCUUUGAACAAUACCUUAUUAUCUCUAAUUCUGAAAGUUGAGCAACCAGUUAAUGCUUCUGAGUUUAGGCCUAUUGCCUGUUGCAAUACAUUAUAUAAAUGCAUUUCCAAAAUGUUAUGCAAUAGACUUAAUAAUGUGCUUCCUGCUUUGAUAAACCAGAAUCAAGGGGCUUUUAUUAAGAAUCGCCUUCUUGCUCAUAAUGUUCUUAUUCUCCAAGAUUUGCUUAAAGGUUAUAAUAGGAGAAAUAUUUCUCCUCGUUGUCUAAUGAAGAUUGAUAUAAGCAAAGCUUAUGACUCAAUUGACUAG